CGCACCAGCAGCAGCUGGUAGAGCGUGUCCGCGCAGUACAGGUGCCAAGCAGUCCGGUCCAGCCCGCGCCCAGUCCGGGGCCUUUCCAGGGAAAAGGAAUGAGUCUGAUGGGCGAAUCUCGAGCUCCGGGGAAGCCUGCGGUGUUACAGACGAUGUCACUUGUUGUUGAACUGAAUGUGGGGGGUGAGCUGUACACUACCACUGUGGGCACCCUGAAAAAAUUCCCUGGCUCCAAGCUGGCAGAAAUGUUCAGCACAGCCAAGCCUCCUCGGCCUGAUUCCCAAGGCAGAAUCUUCAUUGACCGACCAGGUACCCAUUUUCGACCCAUCCUAGAAUAUCUCCGUAGUGGACAGCUGCCUACACAGAGCAUCCCAGAGGUAUAUAGAGAAGCCCAGUUCUAUGAGAUCCAACCCCUGGUCAAGCUUCUAGAGGAUACACCCCAGAUCUUUGGGGAGCAGGUAGCCAGGAAGCAGUUCUUGCUCCGAGUCCCAGGAUACAAUGAGAACCUUGAGCUCAUGAUCCGGAUCGCCAGAGCAGAGGCUGUGGCAGCUCGAUGUUCUGGUGUGGUGGUAUGUGCAGUGCGGACUGAGGAGGAUGCCACUCGCUGUCUGGAUGCUUUACAGACUCUGGAGACAGACAAGAGGUCAGUGGUGAAGUUUGGGCCCUGGAAGGCAUCACCAGCCAUCACCGACCUAUUGGAUUGUGUCAAAAUGGACAUUGAAGCUCAGGGAUACUGUGUGUCUUACCAGCCCUAUGCAGCUGAGAAGGGAUUCCGAAUCAAGUCCUCUGAUUAUUUUUAUAAAUUCACUUUCACCUGGUGGUGACCUCCUCAAUAGUCUAAGGAUUGAUACAUUUGGCUAGGGGUGGAUGCUUAUAGAAAAAGAAAUUGUUAAAUCAUUUAAGUGAAAUAAAUUAAGAAAGUAAAAAUUACAACAUAAA